AUGUGCCACGAGCCCGAUGAGCCUGCCAAUGCCACGGGAAUUUACCAAGCUUUCCGGCGAAAUCUUGGAUGCACGACACCCGAGCGAGAAAACGACCGCACCAUCAGCAACAUGACUGCCCGCACGCCCCAGAUGCAGCUACAGACCACAAUGACUCUUUCGAGUUUUGAGCCAUCAUCCACGCUGGAACCCUCCACGUUUGGUCGCAGUUAUUCCAGACUCAAUCAGACCACCGUGUUCGCCUCCCCAGACGAUCGCGACAACCCCGGCAGUUCAAGGACGAGUGGUCCCCCGAAAAGCCCCAGAUGCGGAGGGUCGAAUGGGGUGCUUGUGUUCGGACGCCAGGCCGAGAUUAGGAAGGACUCUGCAAGUGGUGUCCUGGCUCGGCGGGAUCAGGCCAAGAUGCCAGUAGGACUUCUUGCAUAG